GGUACUUUGGAUUUACAGAAUUGCCUGCAAACCUGGAGGCUUCGGUGCUCAGAGAAAGAAGUCAUGGCAGAUCAAGCUCCAGGUGAUGAAACAGACAUCCAGCCAGUGACCGAGCACUUCUCAGACCCAGAAGAAAUCGGCAGUAAAGCGAGUCAAGAUCGUGAGAACAUCCACAAUCCACAUGUGGACAAUGAAAAAGAUAUUGAACACUGUGACAAAGAUUUCUGUAGACAAGACUGCACAGAUCAGACCGACACCAGACUGGAAAACCAAAUACCACCAGGAAAAUGUGGGGAUAAUGAAGACACAAAGAAAAACAACGUGACAUUGCGAGCUGAAAUAAACAGUACUAUGGCAUCCAGACAUUCCCAAGCUGAUGAGUAUGAAGAUGGUACUGGUCAGGAAGCCACACCGUUUCCAGAUGAUAUCAAGCUGCAUACAGAAAUAAAGAAUGAGGUCACUGAAGGGUCUCAAACAAUGAAAAGAGUAGCUCCUGAGCACAGCCAGGCUGAUGGUAGUUUAGAAAAUAUUAACACAGCCACUGAAGCAUCACAAGAAGAUAUCACUGAAGAAAUGACCAGAGGGGGAUCAGCUUUAUCAGUUUGUGAUGUUGAAUCCACAAGUGAUUCCUCCGGUUUCACUGUUGUGCUGUUUGGAAACACCUCUGCAGUCCACCUUGGAGAGGAAAAUAUACUACUUGGAGCAGAACAUUUUCCUCCAGAUCAGGCCCACAUCCCCAGACAAAUAAAAGUGUCAGGACGUGCAUUGUCAGUGGUCAACAUACUGGACUUGCAUGAGAAUUAUUUGUCCGUGGAUUCUGUGGACCACAUCACUGGUCAGUUAGUUAAUGAAAACAACAUCCAGUCCUUUAUCUUUGUCCUGAAACUGGGACAAUUUACAGAUGAUGAUAAAAUGGGACUUGAAUGGCUGGAAAGAAAAUUUGGAGAAGAUGUUCUUUCCUUUGUGAUGAUUCUUUUCACUUACGAGAGAGAGGAGGAGUGUGACACCAUCAUAGAUGACCUGAAGAACAACACUGUUCUAGAGCAACUGGUGAAGAAGUGUGGAGACAGAUACUGCACAUGCAGCAAGAAAAUGAACAACCAGUCAGAAAUGAGAACACUGCUGGAGAAGAUUGAUCAUCUCUUCUCUGAGAACAAUCAGCACUGCCACACUGCUGAGAACUACAACACAGAAUUAAAGUUUAAAGAACAUCAGCAAGAGACGGGGAGGCAGAAAGACCAUAGCACUCACCUGCCACAAGAGAAGAAAGUUCCACAUAUCAGUGAAGAACAGACAGAAAAAGGAAAGGGAAAGAUGACAGAAUCUGGAGAAGACAGAUCAAAAUAUGAAGAAAAGAAAAAGCUUGAAAUGACAAAAAGAGAGCAACUGUUUUUUAGACUUAAUCUUAAUGAAAAGCACAAACAAAAAAUGAAAACUUCAGACAUUCUCCAAAUAACCUCACAUUCAUUACACUGGAAGGAGUCUUGUACAGAGAAAGACUUAGUAGAAACUUUUCUACAAAGGCUGUUAAUGAUGGACUACAGAGCAAGAUACAUUGCCACUGAAGAAGAAUUCACUGAUUUUGACCACACUUACCUAGGUACAGGAGAUGAUGAUGUUAAUAUGUUUGCUGAAAUGUUCUCCAAAAAGGCAGAAUCAUUUAAUGCAGAAAGUCAUAAAUAUCGUGUUCACCCCAUGGAUGUCCAGAUGGCAGUGUUUCACUGCUCAGAUCAUUUCCUAAAGCAGCUAAUAGUGAAUAAACUGGCUCAGUGUCAGUAUGCUCUGCCUCUGCUGGUGCCCAAUCCCUUCACCAGAGAGAUCGAGUUUCCUCUGUGGACCUUUCGCCAAAUCAGAAAGAGUUGGAAGACCACUGAAUCCUCUGGUGAGGACAUCAGUAAAACCCAGGCGAUUUCUGAAGCUGAAACUCCAAUGGUGGCUUUCUUCAGGUUCGGCUCUGCAUCCUCAUCCAAGUCUCAGCUGAUGAACAGCUUGAUCAAUGAGAAACAUGACACGUUCUUCCACAGAAACUGUCCAGGCAGCAGCAAGAACCGGUUACUGCUGGAUGGAGUGAUGGAGAUUGCUUGGUACUGCCCAUCUGGGAAGGAAACAGAUUAUUUCCCUGACUGUGUUGCAUUCUGUAAUCUCCAUGGUGAUGCAGAAACUAAUAAAGAGCAACUGGAUAUCCUGACUGAAAUGUCCUCAGUGAAUGUUGUACUUUUUUCUGAUCCUGAAAAAGCAAUAUAUAAGAAGAUACUACAGAAGCUCUUCAGAGACCCCAAGCCACUGAUUUGUUUACUUUCAGAGGAUGAAUCAGGUGUAACUAGAUUUAGGGAUGGAAAAUACAGAAUUGGAGUUAAAGACAGAACUCACUCAGAUGUAGCCAAGAACCUCAGAAUGACUAUAAAAGAGUGUCUCUCCAAUUCAAAAAUAAUUUUCAAACUUGAAGAUUUUGACACCCAACUGAUUACAAAAGAUGAAGAUUUCUCUGAAUGCAAGAAAACAAAGGAAGCUGCAGUGAAGAUAAUGAGUCAGUUGGAGGGAAAUGAACUCUCCAAACUAAAAGAAAAACAUCUGCCCUGUCAAGGAAAACUGUGGCAUGACUGGUGUGAGAUAAACAAAGACCUGUAUCAACUUCAGGGGAACAAUUUAGAAAUACAAAAAUGUACAAAACAAAGAGAAAUGAAGCAAAUCCGUGAAGAGCAGCAUAAAUAUAGACUCUCUGUUCUUAUGGAACAAUUCAUUUCCUCACUGGAUCGUCUAGGAGAAAAUGAAAAAUUAUUCUUUUUAAAAUGGGUUGGGAUUCUCCUAGACAAACGCACCUCAGAUUAUCUUUCUGCUCUUCAUCACAAAUACAAUAAAAAGUGGACAGCAGUUUUAGACCUUAAGAAGAAGCAUGAUAAAUCGGAUAAAAUGAAGUGGGAGCAAACAGAACUUGAGGAGCUUUCAGAAAAACUGAAUGCAGCAACCUUUGGUUUGGAGCACAUCUUCAGAGAGAUGGGUCAGAUAUACGAGGCUUUUAUUUCUGUACAAACACACAAGAAACGAUCUGAAGAAAAAACCUUGACCUCUCUCCCCAAGCUUGCAGCAGAACUCAUGAAAUCUGGUCAUCCAAUGGAGCUGAUGGAUGGAGAUGCUGCUCAUGUUCCUCUGAUCUGGGUUUCAGCAGUUCUAGAUGAACUUGUGAAGAUACUGGGAGACCAGAGAGUGUUUGUGCUGUCAGUUCUGGGGAUUCAGAGCUCUGGGAAAUCCACCAUGCUGAAUGCCAUGUUUGGACUCCAGUUUGCUGUCAGUGCUGGAAGGUGCACCAGAGGAGCCUUCAUGCAGCUGGUCAGAGUGUCGGAGGAGAUGAAAGAAGAGCUGAAGUUUGACUACAUUCUUAUUGUAGAUACUGAAGGACUUCGAGCACUUGAGCUUGCAGGAAAAUCCACUCGACAUCAUGACAAUGAACUCGCCACAUUUGUUGUUGGUCUUGGAAACCUGACCUUGAUCAACAUCUUUGGAGAGAACCCUGCUGAGAUGCAGGACAUCCUUCAGAUUGUUGUUCAGGCAUUCCUGAGGAUGAAGAAGGUCAGACUGAAUCCCAGCUGCAUGUUUGUCCAUCAGAAUGUUGGAGACAUCACUGCUGGAGAGAAAAACAUGGAAGGAAGGAGACGUUUACAGGAAAAACUGGAUGAAAUGGCAAAAUUGGCUGCAAAAGAAGAAGAAAGUGAAGCUGAGUGUUUCAGUGAUGUUAUUGAAUUCAAUGUACAAGAUGAUGUGUAUUAUUUUGCUCAGCUCUGGGAGGGCAGCCCACCAAUGGCACCACCAAACCCAUGCUACAGCAGAAAUGUUCAGAAUCUAAAGAACGCCAUUUUCAAAAAAACUGACAAGUCUACUAGUAUGACUCUCUCAGAGUUUAAAUCACGCAUCAGUGAUCUUUGGAAUGCAUUACUCAACGAGAACUUUGUGUUUAGCUUCCAAAACACACUGGAGAUAGCAGUGUACAGAAAACUGGAGAAUGAGUUUGGAAAAUGGACCUGGGCCCUCAGAAGUGCCAUGUUAGACACUGAAGAAAAACUUUAUAACAGAAUUGAAAAUGAAAAACUGAAAAGAAUUGAAGAAAAAGAUCUUUUUUUGUACAUGAAAAAGACCAAAGAGGAAGUGGACAAAUCAAUGAAGAGUUUCUUUGAAGAGGACAAAGACAAAGAAAUUUUAAUUCAGUGGAGAGUGAGAUGUGAAAACAAAAUCACACAGCUUUAUGAAGACCUUGUCAAAGACACAAAACAAAAUGCGAAUGAAGUUAUAAGACAGCAAUGUGCACGGGAGACUUUUGAACAUAAAAGGACACAGUACGAUGAAAAACUGUUUAAUCUGAGCAAAGACCUCGCUCUAAGUCUGAAGAGCAAGCAGUCUGAUGAACAAGUACUGAAGCAAGAAUUUGACAAAUUGUGGGACAAAUGGGUCACUGAACUGACACACGAUACACCUUCAGAAAAAGCUACUGAGGUUUGGGGGGAUGUUGUACAGAUUCUGUCUGAAGGUAAUGAACAAGCUUUUGUCCGUGAUCGUCUAUCUCAGGAAGACUUCAAAAAAAUAGACAAGCUGGGAAAUUAUUCAUGUUAUAUUAUUUUGAACAAGCACAAAGAAUCUUUUGCCGAGAGUCAGCACAAAGUCAAAUCUGAUGUGAACAAAGAUAUAAACAAGGGCAAAAUUAAAGAACAACCCAUAUAUCAGAGAGUCUGGAGAGGUUUUGUCUCAUACAUUGUACCUGGCUAUGGAACGCAAAAUAAAAAUCAGUCUGAGACAAAUGCCUUGUAUUCUGAAGACCAAAAUUUUGUGAAGGAUCUGAUCAGAAAUGUCAUCCAAGAAACUGGGGUAUUAAUUCGUGAGAUCUGCAGCAAAAUCGCAAGACUUGGGUACAAAGACACCUACAUACAGGAAAUAACAGACCACAUCAGGAAGAAAGUUGAGCAACAUCACAGUGAAAACAAGAGAAUCAAGAUCAAAAAGGAAUUCACUCUGGAUCUCUGUCUUCAUGUGUGUGAACUUGCGAGUCACAGUUUUACUGAGUGCCAUAAGCAAUUCAGGGAUGCAAAUGAUCCAAGGGUUUAUCUGUCCAAGCAGAAACCACAAUAUUACAAUGUCUUUAAAAACUACUGCAGAGGAGCAACAGCAACAAAAGUGUUUGGUGAACUGAUUUGCAGUAACCUGAGAGAAUCCAUCCUGCAAGCAGUUUACAAUAAAACUGCUAUUGAUUUGGCAGCACAGAUCAGAUCAGGCAUGCCAGAGUUUAACGGUAACAGAACAAACCUUGAGAAACACAUCCUGAAAUAUCUGGCAGAGGAGGAGAACUUUGAGAAGUACAAAGAGUACAUUCAUAAUCCCAAAAAGCACUUCAAACACUUCAUUACAGAGAAGGUGAAUAAGUACAUUACUGAAAAUAACACCACAGUUCUGAAGCUUUUUAAACAAAAUCUAAAAGAGAAAAUGCAGAGAGUAAGAAAUGCUGUUCACAUUGCAACUGAAAAGGUGAAGAACAGACGUGGUGAUGCAGACAUGUGGCUGAGAAGUUUUACCAGUUCACUAAAUGAUGAACUGAACUUAAAAGAAAUAACCUUCACUGAUCACAAAGAAAUUACAGACUUUGAUUUUCUACAGCAGCUUGUUAGUGAAGGUCUCACUGAAAUGAUGUCAGAGCUAGACAAAAGCUUUAAAAGUGUAAAAGACAUAAAAAUGGAGAAGUUCAGGAAGAAGCCAGAUAAGAUCCUGAUUGAACACCUCUGUCGAUGCUGCUGGGUUCAGUGUCCAUUCUGUAAAUCCAUCUGCACCAACACAAUGGAGGAUCAUGAUGGAGAUCACAGUGUCCCUUUCCACAGGGUAGAUGGUAUCAAUGGGUGGUAUUACAGAGGUACAACAAAUCUCUGUUCUGAUUUCUGUACAACAGCUGUGCAAAGUAAUAAAAGUUUCCACCCCAGUCAUGAUACAGAUGAGUUCGUACCUUACAAAUCAUACAGAAGAGCAGGAGGAGUAUAUGCUACCUGGAGCAUCACCCCUGAUAAUUCACAACUCGCAUACUGGAAAUGGUUUGUGUGCAGAUUCCAGAAAGACCUGGAAAGGCACUAUGAGAAUACAUUUCAGGGUUAUGGUGAGAUCCCCAGGGAAUGGAGAGACUUCAAUAAAAAACAAGCUAUUAAGAGUUUGGAUGAAUAUAUCUGAUGAAAGGCACGGCUCAUCUGAACAGAACCCAGCAGGAACAGCAACUUAAUCAUGAACCAGUCAUAAAUAGAGAAGCUUUGCCUGUAUUAGUGACAACAAAAGGGAUAAAAAAUAAUGAAGAAAUAUUCAUUAGAUUAAAUUGAGAAUGAUCACUAUAUUUACACACACUGUUUUACCUUUUCUCUUUCUUUUUUCUUCUUCAUGACAACAUUUAAAAAUUAAUCAUGUUAUACCAGUGAAAAUAUUAAUACUAGAAUGUACUUGAUUAGGAUAUUAUUAUUUUUUUUAAUUAAGAUGUUCUUGUUUGAGUGUCAAUGUUGAAAUAAUAAACAAUAUUACAACACAUUUUAUGUCUCUGUGCUUCAGAAAGACUUUUCUAAAGCCUGAUAUUUUAUUCUUCAGCAUUGUGGAACAUACAGAGAACAUAGGAGACCGUGCCUCAGUUUUUUUAUU